ACGGACCAAAAUUCAAACUUGCAGUUAGAACAGAGGCAAGAAUGUUGUAAGACAACUGGCCAGAUAGGUGGACUGUGGCUUUCUCUCUCUGUGAACAGUGAUUUUAGGCGAUUUCUCUAGAUCUCUCGAGACUUAGCUUCACCGUCUCGUUUUCCGGUGAUUCCUUUUCCGGCGAGCUCGGAUUUCACUUCCGUAUCAACGGAUCUGUGACAUACCUCAAUGGCAGACAAGGAGCUGUGGAUCUCUCUCCAAAAUCUAAAUCUUGGCUUGGAGCGCAGUCCACAAAAAAUUUCAAAUGACGCUAAAAAUAAAAGAGACGCUGAACAUCACCUUAGUCUUGUAGUCAAAAGAAUUCAUCCCUCUCAAAACCCAGCUGGAAUUAAGGUGAUGAUGCCGAAGGUUUGGAAAUUGGAAGGUCGAGUCACCAGCCGAAUUAAUGAGGAUGGCUCUGUUCAGUUCUUCUUCAGGCAUGAACACCAACUUCUUACAGUCCUUGAUAAUGGUCCAUGGGCCUAUAAGGACUGGCUUCUUGUAGUUGAUCGCUGGACCCGUCGCAAUUACCCCGACUUCCUUCGUAUCAUCAGAUUUUGGGUAAAAAUUCUGAAUCUUCCAGAUGAUUCUAAAAGUGACAGCUUGAUUCGCGAAAUAGGUGGAGAAUUGGGUCAUGUUGAUGAGGUACACAUACAACAAUCGACUGCAGAUCAAGCUGGGGAAGUUCGGGUCCGUGUUCCAAUCGAUAUAGAUGAUCGAUUAAUCUUUGUUCGCUACUUUAAUUUGGACGAUGCUGGAGCGCCAGUUCUGAUUCGGUAUGUAUACGAUAAGCUCCGUAAAUUCUGCUCUACUUGUGGAAGUCUAAGGCAUCUCGCUACAAGCUGCAACCACCAAGUUCACGAAAUGGAACACUUGCAAUUACCACCUCCUGCUGCAAAUCAAAUGGUAACCCAGCCAAAUACUCCUACUGAAGAUGCUGAUGAUACAAUGGGAGAAACAGUAGGAUCUAACCUAAACAUGGAGUUGUCAGAAAAUCAAGACCAGAGUGCUGCACAAGGUGAAGAUAUGGAGUUUACUCAUCCAAGGGAAGACCAAGAUGCAGUUAAUGCUACUUUUGAUGUUCAAGAGAUGGGCGUAGAUUCAGCGUCUGGUCAGAUAAGAGGAACCAAAAGAAAGGUUACCGAAUCAGCUGAUGCAGAACAGGCUUCGACUUCUAACAAGAGAGCUCAACCCAAUUUUCCAACGCAAGCUCAAGGGGAGAUUGAUAUCAUGUUCCUCGUGGAGACAAAAAAUAAGGAUAGUUAUGUAGAAAAGCUCGGGGCUGAUCUCCAUUUUCCCCAUCAUCUUCUAGUGUCUCCGGAUGGCUUAAAUGGAGGAUUAGCAAUUUUUUGGCAAGACUCAGUGAAGUGUGAUUUUCUUGACACUCCCACGCUUCACUAUACGAAUCUUAUUGUAUCGGAAGGGCCAAUAUCUUUUUACGUCACAUACAUCUACGGGAAUCCAGUGAGAGGUUCAAGACAGCAGCUUUGGAGGCGUAUCUCAAAUCUUGCUCAAACAAAUUUAUAUGGCAAUAAACCAAGGCUGAUGCUAGGAGAUCUCAAUGAAAUCCAAAAUAAUGAUGAGAAAUUUGGAGGUCCAAUCAGGCCAGAAUGGCAGUUCGCUCACUUUCGCAACAUGUUAAACGUCUCGGGUUUACAUGACAUCAAGACAUUUGGGGGUAUUUAUACAUGGAGAGGCAACAGACAAGGAGGAGAAGUUAAAGAAAAACUGGAUAGAGCAGUUGCAAAUGCGGAAUGGCAGGAUCUAUUUCCUAAAGCUUUUGCUCAGCUUUUAAAGUGGUGUGGAUCUGAUCACAGACCACUACUAAUUGAUACAGCAGAUCGUAAAUGGCGAGGAGCUAAGCAAUUUAGGUAUGACAACAGAUGGAGACUCAAUCCGGAGGUGAAGCAAAUAAUCUCCCAAGGAUGGAUCCAAAGAUGCAGUCAUCUUCCUCCUCAAAGAUUUAAUGAAGCUCUUAAAAGAUGCAGGGACAGCCUAUCCCAAUGGAAAACCGACAAUCUCUGCAACUCUAAGAAGCGAAUACAUGAACUACAGGAAGCUCUCCACAAAGCGUAUGCUUCUAACUUCAUAGAUUACAAUUUUAUUGCUGAAAUUAAAUCCAAAUUGCAAGCAGAAUAUAGGAUGGAAGAAGAGUACUGGUACACAAAAAGUAGAAUUCAAUGGCUAAAUGCAGAUGCUUCAUGGCUUGAUGAUCAUAAUCCUGCAGGCAUUGGCUGGAUUCUACAGGAUGGGCGGGAUAAACACAUUCUCAAGGGAUCAUCAUCAAUUGCAGCCACAGAAUCACCUUUAGAGGCAGAAGCCAUAGCCCUCAAGGAAGCUAUUCUACGACUGAAGAUGCUGGGCUAUGAUCAUGUUACUUUUUGCGGAGAUUCUGCACAAAUUUAUCGCUACCUGGAUAGUUCAUGCAAUUCUAGAAGUAAUCUCCCACCGGCUGCUAUUCAAGGACAUUUAGAGGAUAUCAAGGCCUUGGCGUAUAACACUUACAUGUUUAAGCACAUUGGGCGUCAAGACAACACUCAUGCUGAUUUUCUGGCAAAACAGGCCAGAAUCAAUGUUUCUCCAUAUGUAGUUUCAUAUAUCCUCUGAUGUGUAACAAAAACGAUGUAUCCUGUUCAUAUUAUCUAAUAAAACAAUUGGCCGACA